UAUGACAGUUGAGAAUCCGUUAGCGCGCGCUCGAUCUUUUUUCAACGAUUUUCACCGCUAACUUUGAUCUGCACGAUGACAACCAUUAGCAACGCACCGAAACCCGACGCCGGGCUCUUCAUCAUCCUGCCCGAGCGGGAACCGACGCUGGCCCACCGGAUGUUGGUGUACGUGCACAGCCGGGGUGCCAUAGCCAGGGCGCGGGGUCUCGCCUUUUGGGAGAUGUUCCGGCGCGCGAAUCGGGACGUGCGCCAGCUCAAACCGUCCGAGUUGCGGUUUAUGUUCUUCGCGGAGGUGCUGCACGAGCCGGACUACUGCGACGAGCCGACCUUCUACGACGGGUGGUACGACGAGGAGCAACGCCAGCUGAUCGAAGGUGGUCAUGAGAGGGAGGGUUGAGUUUGUUAAGGGUAAAUUUGGUUAAGU